AUGAGCUAAUUUACCUUUAUGAAGAAAUACUUAUAAAAAUAAACAUCUGAAACUAAAAUACACUGCGAACCUUUAAUAACUCUGACGAUUGAACUGGAUGAUAAUAAAUACAGUCAAAUUAACAUAUAUGAGGAUUCUAAUCCAGAAAUAUUGGCAUCUAACUUUGUUACAGAUAACUACUUAAGUAUGGCUUACAUUGAACCACUCAAAUAAAACAUCAUAUAAUAAAUGCUGAUGUAUGACUAAAUGAAAAAAUAAGAAAAGGAGAAGUAACCUCUUUCGCAAUGGGAAACUGUUAAAAAAUAAUAACAAAACAAGGAAAAUCAGCAAGCUACACCAACUCGAAAUUUGCAAACUAAACGAUGCACUCCAGAAAAGUCUUUAUAGGCUAAUUUAAAAUCAGAAAGAAAUCUAUCAAGAAAUAAAAGAUUCCAAACCGAUGAUAUGAACAUUCAUGAAAGACUUUAUUAAUAAGCUAAACAAAUUAACAAUUUCAAAUAAUAAAAAAGAGAAUAUGAUUAAUUAUAAAAGUAAAAAGAUCCGAAUCUCACAUUUAAACCAAAAAUUAAUAACAAUUAUUCAACUAAUAAGAGUAAGAGUCCACAAUAAAAUUAAAAUUAAUUUUACGUUUAGCCAACUCAAUAAAAGCAAGUCUAAUUAAAAAGUCCAAGACUCAAUUAAUUGUAUUAAAAUAAAUCAUUUGAGUUUUUAAUACCAAAAAAGGAAGUGAAGAUUUCUAUUUUGGAGAAUGAAGAGAGUGUAACUUAGUUACCAAAAACAUAAGAUUCUCCAAAUGUAUCAUUUUCUGAAGAGAGUUAGUUUAAGAAUGAUAGUCCUUACACUUCAACCUAAGAGGAAAAUUCAUUAUAUUAAGCAACAAAAGAUUUGGAUGAAAGAGUAGUAGCCAAAUUAUUUACAUUAAUUGAAUCAAAUAAUCUUGCUGAUGCACGCAAUAUUCCAUAUGAAAAGUUCAAUUAUUAACUGAUUGUCGAACUGAGAUUACAUUUCCAGAAAAACGAUUUCAAAAUAAUGAAUUUUGAAGAUUUCUGUUAAAGUGUAUUGAAAAAUGCAAAACUAAUCAAACUUGCUGCUGAUUUUUUUAAGUUCGAGAAUGUUCAAUACUAAAAUACUUGUUAUCGUCAUUGA